AUGGCCGCGCACGCCCGCGCCCCCGUCGCCGCCUUCUCGUGCCCCGAGUGCCGCGCCGCCUUCCCGCACGCCUACCAGCUCACCGACCACCUCCGCGAGCACGCCCUGCUGCAGCAGCAAGUCCAGCUGCAGGAGCAGGUGGCCCGGCAGAUGGAGGAGCAGAUGCUGCUGCAGCAGCAGCUCGAGGAGCAGUUCAUGAUCCAGCAGGCGUACAUCACGCAGACGGCCUUCGGGGCCAGCCUGGGGCUGGGCUGGGGCGCCAUGGCCCCGGUGGCGCCCACGCCGAUCCGCUGCGUGUGCCUGGAGUGCGGGCGCGAGUUCCUGCAGCGCAGCGCGCUCCGGCAGCACAUGAAGGAGCACGAGACGAAGCACAACAAGGAGAGUCCGCGCCGCAUCCGCAACCAGUGCCCCGCCGACUUCAGCAACCCCUGGAACCUCGCGCGGCACUACAAGGAGCACCUGCGCCACCUGUGCGUGCUCAGCCUCAGCGACCUGCGCUGCCACGUGUGCAACGAGAACUUCCGGUCGGACGAGGUGGAGCUGCGGCGCCACCGCGCGCUGCACAAGGACGUGCGCUUCUGCAAGUGCCGGUGCGGCGCCACGUUCCGGUCGGGCUGGGACUGGGAGCAGCACGUCAUCACGUGCACCACGCCGCCGGCCGCAUGA